UGAGGCUGCUGCAAUUUAUUUGCCCAAUAUAAUACAAUUGUCACAUUAUUGUCAUCUGAUGUACUCCUCCAUGCAGAUUUCUUAACAAUUUUAGCCUGUAAGCAACCCUUUGCUGCAUUUACAAACCACUAUAAACACAAAACAGCUAAGUAUCACAUUCAUUUCAAACUUGGAAAGAUUAAAACAUUUGAAAAAUAACAACAGCCCAAAGCAUUCCAUAUUAGAAUUCUUAGAAUGCGCCUGGAUGACAUCAUCGCCUGACAUUCUACUACUUGCUUUUGUGGGUUGUAGUUUUGGCAUUUUGAGUUGCAGAUUGAUCGGUUUACUAUUAACAGUUUGUUAUUAGAAAACAUUUGUCAUCAUGAAGUCUGAUCACAGUCCCUGUGUACUACUCAAGUACACCCCCAACAUGCCAGAGAACCAUCUUCAUGUUUCUAAUGAGCCGCAUGUUGAGGUUGGAAAGAUAGGGAGAAGGGAGAAAAAGAGAAUCUCCUGGAAGUGGCCAGUCCUCCACCGCAAAACUGGAAAAUACGACCUUGUCCAGGCUGCGAAGGACUACCAGUAUGAAGCUGAGGUAAAUCAGAAAGUUUCUUGUCAGCCCACUGAAACACCCGUUGGGCCUGAUGAGGUUACUGAAGGGAGAAAGGUAAAAAAGGGCUUCUGGAAGUGGCCAGUCUUCCAUCGCAAAACUAGAACAUACGACCUCGUCCAGGCCACGAAGGACCACCAUGAAGCCAUUUUAAAUCAAAAAGUUUCUAGUCAGCCCAUUGAAACACCCGUUGGGCUUGAUGAGGUUGCUGAAGCGAGAAAGGAAAAAAAGGGCUUCUGGAAGUGGCCUGACUUCCUUUGCAAAUCUAGAACAUACGACCUCGUCCAGGCCACGAAGGACUACCAUGAAGCCAUGUUGAAGCAGAAAGUUUCAUGUCAGCCCAUUGAAACAACCAUUGGGCCUGAUGAGGUUCCUGAAGCAAGAAAGGAAAAAAAGGGCUUCUGGAAGAGACUCACUCAUCUCUUCACUUCGAAGUCUAGUAGAGCUUCUGCUUUAGAGGACCAUGUCCCUGCUGCUGAGCAGCUAGAGGAGGACGUCACAGAAAAUGACAUCAUUUUAAGGCAAUACAAAAUUGGUGACAAGCUGGGCAAAGGUGGAUUCGGCUCAGUCUACAAAGCCACACGCCGCAGGGAUGGACUUGAGGUGCUUUCACUAACAGAACAUUUCUUUAUCAUUGCUUUAUUUAAAACUUCUACCACAUGCUAACUGCUAACUCUUUGCUUUAUUGAUCAGGUUGCUGUGAAAUAUGCUGUAAAGUCACCAAUGAUGAAGGAAAUCAAGGUGGUGAGUAGUCCAGAAACAGUUCAAUGUCAUGAUUUGAUUUGA